GGAGGGGUCCCGGCGACCAUACCGACUUCAAGAAAACAUCCGUCACGCAACGUUCGGUAUUCUUCCCUACUUUUUAAUUCUUGUUACCUGCUUUCAAUAUUCAACGACAAUGUCUGGCUGGUUCACAUCGUUUCUGAACUGCCGCCUUUGUAUAGGCGGUAAACUGGUGGAAGAUCAGUUGGUCGUUUCGGAUGAUACAGGUCUUAUCCUCCCUCGGACUGGAUACAUUGGCGGUGAUGCGGUAGACCUGGAGGAAGGCAUAAUUGCGCCUGGUCUGCUUGAGCUCCAUACCAAUGGCUUGCUAGGAUUCCACUUCACCCACUUCAACAACGAGAAAGAGUACGCUGGUCAAAUUGAUAAAGCUGCUGAAUAUCUCGUCACUCAAGGUGUUACUGGUUUCUGGGCCACCAUUCCGACGGUGUCAUCAGAUGAAUAUAAGAAAAUUUUGCCGUCCUUGAAGCCCAGAACAAUCGACGACUCUGCAUCCCUACUCGGAGCUCACGCAGAAGGUCCCUACCUAGCACCGUCUAAGAAAGGCGCCCACAAUUCAGAUCACUUCUUCGAUGGUAGCAAAUCAUCAGAUGAGGUUUACGGAGAAUCAGCAUCUUCUUCCGAAGUGCUCAAAUUCGUGACCCUGGCCCCUGAACUCUCACAAUCGACAAGCCUGAUCAAGUCGCUCACAUCCAAGGGCAUCAAAGUAUCGCUCGGACACAGUGCAGCGACUUACGAUCAAGGACUCGAAGGAGUCAAGGCUGGAGCAACAGCGCUGACGCAUACAUUGAACGCCAUGACACCGCUACAUCAUCGCGAUCCUGGGCUUGCUGGACUCGUCACGAUUGCAAAUACCGAUGGUCUGGAGAGCCCAUACUUCACAAUUAUACCUGAUGGCAAUCAUCUGCAUCCAAGCGUGGCUACGAUGCUAUUCCGAGCAAACCCAGAAAAAUGCAUACUCAUUACCGAUAGCAUCGAGCUGGCUGGACUUGACGAUGGCGUCUACCCUGGACAUUCACAAAUUCCUUUCAAGCAACGCAAGACCGGAUCAAAGGUGACGAUCGACGGGACAGAUACACUGGUGGGUGGAUGCGCCAGUCUGCAGGAAUGCAUACAGAAUAUCAUGAAGUGGAGUGGAUGUAAUGUCGCAGAAGCAGUGAGAUGUGUAACCGAGAACGUGGCGGAGUUCAUGGGGGACAAGACCAGGGGAAAGCUGGAAGAAGGAAGGAGAGCCGACUUUGUGGUGUUGAACGAUGAGGGAGAAGUGCUUCAGACUUGGGUAGCAGGGUUGAAGGUGUGGGGAAAGCGAUAAGCAUGUCAGAUACAUAUCAUAUACAGCGAUCUAAUCAGGCUCGAGAGAUCUUGGAUUUGUUGCUCUCACAGCGUUCACUGCACUGGCAAGACUCCAGAUACCUUGCUAGGUACCUCUUCGAGACUGCUGACAAUCACUGUCGGUCCUCCAAUCUCCCCCUCGAGAAGACCAUCCUGCCAUCCAUUGCCCGCUCUGUCAACCCAACAAGCCUGCAUACCAACCGCCCUUGCUCCAACAACAUCAAAAGGAUUUCCACUAAUCAACCACAUACUAGCCAUAUCCUCCUUACUGCUUGGAUCCUUACCAACACUCUUCGCAAGAUGAGUGUACGACUCAGGCGUAGGUUUGAAUCUCUUCGGCUCCUCC